AUCAGGGACGGAAAGCAUUAGCUGUUAGUGGGAUGCAGGUUCCACAGGCAAGCGGAACGAUUCCAGCGAAUUAGUAAGGUUUCUGCCCGGAUCUUGAGAGCCGCUUCCGUUGCCUAGCGGAAGUGCCGGUCGCAAGAGGACAGACGCCUCGAAGAAUCCGCUAUCGGCUGUGUGCACAACCGGAAUCAUGUCGAGUUUGGCGGUGAGAGACCCGGCAAUGGAUCGGUCACUGCGUUCCGUGUUCGUGGGGAACAUUCCGUAUGAGGCAACUGAGGAGCAGUUAAAGGACAUUUUCUCGGAGGUUGGUUCUGUUGUCAGUUUCCGGCUGGUAUACGAUAGAGAAACGGGAAAACCCAAGGGCUAUGGCUUCUGCGAAUACCAAGACCAGGAGACCGCGCUUAGUGCCAUGCGGAACCUCAAUGGGCGGGAGUUCAGUGGGAGAGCUCUUCGGGUGGACAAUGCUGCCAGUGAAAAGAAUAAGGAGGAGUUAAAGAGCCUCGGGCCUGCAGCGCCCAUUAUUGACUCACCCUAUGGGGAUCCCAUCGAUCCAGAAGAUGCCCCUGAAUCGAUUACCAGAGCAGUAGCCAGUCUCCCCCCGGAGCAAAUGUUUGAGCUCAUGAAGCAGAUGAAGCUCUGUGUCCAAAACAGCCACCAGGAAGCUCGAAACAUGUUACUUCAAAAUCCACAACUGGCUUAUGCCCUGUUGCAGGCACAAGUAGUGAUGAGAAUCAUGGAUCCAGAGAUUGCUCUGAAAAUUCUGCAUCGGAAGAUACACGUCACACCACUGAUCCCGGGCAAAUCUCAGUCUGUGUCUGUCUCUGGCUCUGGCCCUGGUCCUGGCCCUGGCCCUGGCCCUGGCCCUGGCCCUGGCCCUGGGCUUUGCCCAGGACCUAAUGUUCUGCUGAACCAGCAGAAUCCUCCAGCCCCUCAGCCUCAGCAUUUGGCUAGAAGACCUGUGAAAGACAUUCCUCCUCUGAUGCAGACUCCUAUCCAGGGUGGAAUUCCAGCUCCGGGGCCAAUACCAGCUGCAGUUCCCGGACCUGGUCCUGGUUCCUUAACUCCUGGAGGAGCAAUGCAGCCCCAAGUUGGAAUGCCAGGGGUUGGCCCAGUGCCUUUAGAGCGGGGACAAGUGCAGAUGUCAGAUCCUAGAGCUCCUAUACCUCGUGGACCCAUGACUCCUGGUGGCCUACCUCCUCGAGGACUGUUAGGAGAUGCUCCAAAUGACCCACGUGGAGGGACUUUGCUUUCAGUCACUGGAGAAGUGGAGCCCAGAGGUUAUCUGGGCCCACCCCAUCAGGGUCCUCCAAUGCAUCAUGUUUCUGGUCAUGACACCCGUGGCCCUUCCUCACAUGAGAUGAGGGGAGCGCCAUUAGGAGAUCCCAGACUGCUAAUUGGAGAACCCAGAGGCCCCAUGAUAGAUCAAAGGGGUCUACCCAUGGAUGGCAGAGGUAAUAGAGACUCUCGAGCGAUGGAGACUCGCGCCAUGGAAACUGAGGUCUUAGAGACGCGUGUGAUGGAGAGGAGAGGAAUGGAGACCUGUGCGAUGGAAACCAGAGGGAUGGAAGCAAGAGGCAUGGAUGCAAGAGGGUUGGAGAUGAGGGGCCCUGUCCCCAGUUCAAGAGGCCCUAUGACUGGUGGAAUUCAGGGUCCUGGUCCUAUUAAUAUAGGGGCAGGUGGCCCUCAGGGACCCAGACAGGUCCCAGGCAUUUCAGGGGUGGCAAAUCCUGGAGCUGGUAUGCAGGGUACAGGCAUACAAGGAGCAGGCAUGCAGGGAGCAGGCAUGCAGGGAGCAGGCAUGCAGGGAGCAGGCAUACAAGGAGGAGGGAUGCAGGGGGCAGGCAUACAAGGAGUGGGAAUACAAGGAGCAGGCAUACAGGGGGCAAGCAAGCAAGGUGGAAGCCAGCCUAGCAGUUUUAGUCCUGGGCAGAGCCAGGUCACUCCACAGGAUCAGGAAAAGGCAGCUUUGAUCAUGCAGGUUCUUCAACUGACUGCAGAUCAAAUUGCCAUGCUGCCGCCUGAGCAAAGGCAGAGUAUCUUGAUUUUAAAGGAGCAAAUCCAGAAAUCUACUGGAGCUUCUUGAAAGGUUUUAGAAAAUAUUUGGCUGUAAUCUGAAAGUUUAUUCUGUAGCAUUGAGAAUGGGUGCAAAAAGCUGACUUCUGCAUCCCGACACUUGGAUUAGGCUUUCCCUCCUCCUAGAACCUAAUCUUUUGUUGUUGUUGUUGUUCUUUUUAUUUCUUUCUGUUUUCUUUCUAUUUUUAAUUGAGGGUGGGGGGGGGGGGGUGUCUGUUCACUUUGAGUUACUGUAAAAUAACUGAACAUGAUGAUACUAUGCCAAAUAAGAUUAGAAAGAAUAAGCAGCAAUAUUAAAGUGUCUACAAUAUGUUAACUACAUUUUUUUAACGUGGAGUAAAAUUUUGUGAAAACUGCUCUUAAAGACUAAAAGUUGACCUGUUAAAACGUUAAUGUACUAAGAUAGAUAGUUUUAAGAUUUUUGGUUGUGUAACAAAAUAAAGACGUUUACCUCAAAAGUUUAA